UUUUGGUUGAGUGUUGCGAUGGAAGCAGCGAGAAAACCAAAAUCAGACCGAAAAACAGCCAAAACCAGACCGAAAUCAUACCGUUUGACCUCAGACUCACAUAAUCAGAGUGAACCAGAGCGAGAAUCAGACACAAUCUGGAGCGAAAUCAUCUGGACUCGUUUUUAUCGUCAAUAACAGUUGUGGAGCUGCUACACAUGUUCACAUCACAAACACAGUCCCAUCAUGUGACGCCUCUACAUUUCUCACCAUCAUGACACAAGUCCGCCUCUGACUGGAUUCUGAGCGGCAGCACCAUCGUCCAUGAUGAUUUAUGGAUUAAUACCUCAGGAGUUACACCAGCAGCUCCUGGACCACCAGAACUACCAGAACCGGACCAAUGGGGUGGAGAAGUUGAAGAACAUUCUCCUGGAGCUGGAUCUCAACCAGGUGACCUCCGGCAGCAUCGCGGAGUUCAUCCAGUUUCUACGGAAACUUCUGGACGACAACAACUUUAAGGUCUUGUACGGCACCUUGCAGAUCAUCAACCUGCUGAUCGAGAAGCUGGAGUACAGCGUGGACAGAUAUUACAAGGAGAUCAUUUCUGUCACACUGAAAACUCUGGGCGAUUCUCGUAACGUCACCCGACACGAGUACAUGAAUGUUUUCAGGCAGCUGAUGAGAAUGGUGGGUCCGCAGAGAGUGCUGGACCUCGUGAUGGGUCAGCUCAGGCACAAGAACUCCAGGGUUCGAGAAGACGUUCUUAACAUCAUCAUCGCCUCCCUGCUCACGCAUCCCCGCAAGGACUUUAACAUCCCCGCUCUGUGCUUGGAAGCGUCUCCGACCCUCGGCGACAGCAAGAAGAAGGUGCGUCACGCGGCCCUGGAGCUUUUCGCAGUGUUGGAUUAUUGUCUGGACACCGGCAAGAAACAGCCGCUCAUGAAAGCCAUCGACAGGGCGGAGCUGACGGAAGAGGCCGACGGGCUCAUGGCAGCCGUGCAGGCACGCAGAGCUCGACACGUCCUCCCCCGGCUGUCUCCAGACGGGAUGGUGGAGUACGCUCUCGUCCUGCCCAAACCCGGACAGAGACGUUCACCUCAGUUGGGCUCCGGUGCUGAUCUGGACUGGGUUCUGAACGGUGGCCGAGCUCACAGCUCGCGCGGUCUUCAGAGUGGCAGAGACUCGGAUCAGAUGUGUGGCAGUCUGGGGUCCCUCACAGAUAACAUCGCUCAACAGAGGAGGAUCGUGAGCGCGGGGAAAAAUAAACUGCCGUGGGAGAAAUCCGCCCUGUCCUCUUCUGGAGGCCGGCAGGCCUGCGACACGUCUAACGGAAAGUCACCUGAGCAGGUGAGCAGUGAAGACCUGAGAACCAAUCAGCACACAGCUGACAAAUCCAGUUCAUCAGACCUUCUGCAGUUUCGCUCUCCGGCCAGCACGCGGCGCUCUUUGGGUCGACAUCGCCGCAGCGGAAGUUUAGACUCGGAUCCAGAGAUUUUCAAAAUAGCCAAUCUGAGUGAUUCUGAGAAAGGUUUGUCCAAGACGAGUCGAUUCACGUCUGGCAGCCCGAGUGUGGAGCGAACGUUCUCACUCCCCUCCAACUCAACACCUCCAGGGUCCUUCCUUCUGCCCUCGUACCCUCUGACCCCAGUGACAGGAAGUCUGCUCGCCCCGACCUUACCCCGCAGAAAUCACACCGAGUCCUCGCUUUCCGCCUCCAACACGUGGCCGAACAAACGUGAGAUCAGCCCUCGUCUCCGGAGGGACGUCACGGGUGACGUGAGCUCCAGUAAGCGGUCUCCGCUGCCUCCUCGUACCGCGAGGGCUUCAUCCGGCCAUCGGAGACCCUCGGUGCCCUCCUCACCUCCAGCAUCAGACAGAAACCUGCAUCUGGAUCUGUCUCUCAGCAGAGCACGAGAACCCGAGGAGGAGGCGCUGGACAGGGAGGAGAUGUUGAACUCUCUGCGCUCGCUGAGGAACAGUGCUGCUAAGAAACGGGCGGCGGUCAGCGUGAGCUGCUCAGACCCGGAUCCCGACAGUCCUGACUCGGCUGUAAAACUGGAGCUGGUUCCUGACUCUCCGGAUCGGACGUCCCCGUCCGUCGCCAGUCCUCUGAGUGAGAGCGGCUUGAGCAGUCUCUGCUCACCUCCCACACCCACCGGCAUCAAGAGCAGCCCUGUGAACUCAAAAGCACAUAUGAUGAGCGUAUCGUCAUCGAGACACGUGAGAGUGGCGGCAGGGGACGCUCAAGGUGUGAUGGAGCAGGAUAAAUGCGUCGCUGAUGGAAAUGUCAGUAUCAUGGGUCAGAGACUCAUUUACUCAAACAGACCAUCAGAUCCAGAUGAAGAGAUGACAUCACCACCCCGGAUAAGAGGGGCCGGGCGCGAGCAGCUCCGCCUCCUCAGACCUUCUAAAGGAUCUCAGCAGCAGGUGUCGAAGUUACGCAGCGCUCACGAGAUGUCAGAGGGAGUGAUCGGACGAGGAGUUUUUGGAUCUGUUGUUCUUUCCGGUCGUCUCAGUGUGACAGCGUCUCCUGAGCAGGGCGACUCAGUUAACAAACCCCCCCGCGAGCCUCCGUCAGGGGUGUACGGCCACGCUCUCAUUGCCGGUCGUGUGGACUCUGAUGACAGCGCUGAGCCUGAGGAGGAGAGGAUCAAACUCUCAAAGUUCACUCGUGAGAAGAUGCGACAGCGUUGUCUUCAGCAGCAGGAAACCAAUGAGCCAAUGAGACGCCGUCUGACGCAUGCGCUCACUCAUGAUGUUGACUGUGUGAAAGACGUGAGGUUGAACGCUUCCGAGUCACUCUCAGGCGAAACUCCCUCCGGCCUAACUCAAAAUCCUGUCAAGAGUGUAAGCCCCGCCCAUCAUCCCACCCCUCCGUCCGGCCCACCUAAUAGAAACGCGCCGCCCCGACUCAGACGGACGUCUAGUCUGACCCGGACCCAAACCCGUCCUUCAGCAUCACACGGCUCUGAUGAGCUGAUUCCUGAGACUCCUAAAAAAGAGGGUCAGGAUCAGACAGUCCUGCGGCCUUUCUCUAAACCAGAGCUGUCUCUCACUCAGAGCUUCAGACUGCUUGCCUCAGACGACUGGGAGAAGAAGAUCGAGGGAUUGAACAUCGUGCGUAGUUUGGCUCUGUAUCACCCCAAUGUUCUCAUCAGCAGAACUCAUGAUGUUUGUCUUGUGCUUAUUCAGGAGGUUCGUAACCUGCGCUCCGGAGUGUCUCGUGUUGCCGUGGUGACGCUGAGCGAGAUGUUCGCUGUUCUGCAGAAGGGGAUGGACCAGGAGCUCGAGGGGACGGUCAGAGCUCUGCUCCAUAAAGCCGGAGAAACCAACACAUUCAUCAGACAAGACGUGGACAAAGCGUUGGACGGAAUGGUGCAGAACUGCACGGCCACCCGCAGCAUGAACGCACUGCUCGUCGGAGGACUCGGUCACUUGAACUCAGUCGUUCGGAAGUGCACUGCUCAGCAUUUGUGUUCUCUGGUGGAGAAGGUGGGAGCCGCCCGCUUGCUGUCUGGAGCGAAAGAUCUGACCGACCGCCUCCUGCCUGCCGUCUCCAAGCUGUCUCAGGAUUCAUCUCAAGAGGCCAGGUACUUCGGUCGGAGGAUGCUUCUGCUUUUAUCUUCUCAUCGUGACUUUGAUAAAAUGCUGGAGAAGUUCGUCCCUGCUAAAGAUCUGCCCACCAUCAGAGACGCCGUCUUCACUCUCAAGACUAAGGGCUUGGGCGAGAUGCCUCAGGACGCUCCAUCAGCGCGGGGCAGGCGUUCUCUCCCGGGCACCUCGUCCCUCACACCUCUAGUGUCUAACAGCAGAGACUGCGGUCAGUUCAUCAUCAGUAAAGCAGCCGUCCACAGCCUCGCAGACAGAAGCGAAUACAUCAAACAGAUGAAGACGCUGCUGAACUCCAAGGAUUUCCGAGAGAGAAUCAAAGCCAUCGAUCAGCUGGAAACUGACUGUGAAGAGAACCCGUCUCUGGUCAUCAGCAGCAUGUUGCCGGUGUUUGAUGCUCUGAAGGCGCGUCUGCAGGAGUCCAACAGUAAAGUGAACCUGCGGGCGCUGGAGGCCUUGCAGAACAUCAUCCGUUUGCUCAAAGACAACCUCACAAAAGUGCUCAAUAUUCUCAUUCCAGCCAUUGUGGACAAUCACCUUAACUCCAAAAACAACGGCAUCUACACGGCAGCGCUGGGGGCCGUCCAGGCGCUCGUGGAUAACAUCGACAACAGUCUGCUCCUACAACCCUUCUGCUCAAAGGCUCAGUAUGUGAGCGGGAAGGCAAAGCUGGAUCUUAUUGAGAAAGUGGCAGAGCUGGCGCUGGAGCUGUAUCCACGCAAGCCUCAGCUGGUGGAGCAGAAGGUUCUUCCUCUCUUCUGGCACCUGCUCAGUUGCUCCAGUAACAGCGGAGCGGCUCACGGUCGCGGCAGCAGCGUCCGCACGGCCACCGCUAAACUGGGUGAAGCGCUGCACGCUCACAUGGGCCGAACGCUGGUGGAAUGUGCCGCAUCACAGAGCACAAACAUUCAGUGUGACUUCAAUGAGCUCCUGAGGACCUUCUCUACCACACGCACCGAUUCUACCUUAAUAGAAAUAUAAUGUUCCUGCAUUUCCCACAGUGCCUGGACUUUGUCUUUGUUUUCUUUUUAUUUUAAGAGAGAGUGACUCUAAAUAAAAAUGUUUAAAGAUCGGGUAACAUGCUAUGUCAUGCAUUCUGACUUCUUUACACUGUUUAACGUGCUGGCUUCUCAUGCUUAGCAUGGUCGACUUGUUAAAAAACUAGUUGGACGUAUGACGUAGUAUUUCUGUGCUCGAUACACUCCCCCAGCACUCCAACUUGUUUUGGAAAGUUUUUUUAUAAGUCUGGAUCCCUGUUUCGUAACAGGGAUCCUAUUCCUGUUAUUGGGCAAUUCAUCUGGAAAAGCACGCCCACGGCAAGGCGAAAGAAAUAGCCAACCGUCGAGCAAUAGGAAGACCUGCUUAUCAAGAUUGGCUGUGCUGUGGGCCUGCAGCUGCAGCUCGUUACUCUUGUGAUAGUGAGAGAAGUUGAGGUGUGUUUUUUUGUUCACGGCAUUUCAGUGAUGGAUGUUAUAUAAAUGGUGGAUAUAACGCUGGAUUUGGAGAUGGUUUGAAACUGAUAGAUGGAGCGGUCCCAGUGCUAAAACAUGCCGGACAUGAACCGCACGUGGUAAGUCAAACUAAGUCAUACGUCUGUGUUUUGUUUGCAAUCGGCGUGUACGUGCAUAAUGUAAACAACACGAAGGGAUUAAUGCGAUGAUGUGUUGUGUGCUCGUGCUGUAGUUCCGUCCCACUGCCUGCUCGUGUUUUUCCGGAAAUAAUCGUACAGCUGUAUCUCUCUUUUAUAAAUUUGAUCAAACUAAAUAGGCCUACUCUUCGAAGAUACUACGUAUGCAAGACUACUCUAUAGGUACUCAACAUUAAUAUGAGAAUGUGUUACCUGAUCUUUAACUGACCAUAACACAAUUAUUAGAGCAAGAACACUAUUCAAACCAAAUUUAUACUUGAUGAAAUGUUGUUCAUGCACAUAUGAUCUGAUGGUAUCAGCACAGCGGGUUGACUUUUGCACUUUUAGGAUCAUCGUAACGCUGUCAUGAUAACCGUUGUCAUGGUGACUGGGUCUUCACUUGAUUGCUGUUUCUCUGUAAGACAGCAGCACUGCACAAUAGUUGUUGUUUUGUAAACUGUUGUGUAACAUUUCUAAAAUAUGUGUUCGUUAUCAAACCGUGUGUGUGCAAGAUUUACAGAAUACUUUUGUAUAUAUAUAUAUAUUGUUUAUAUUAGCUCAGUAUUAGCUGGAUGUAUACUGUAUGUUGUUGCAGUACAUUCUAUCUUCUAUUUUGACUUGUUUGUAAUGACUUAAUAAUGAAGUGAUUAUGGUCUGUUCUAAGUGAGACACGUCCUAGUUUUAUUUUUGCAUGACCAAAAUUAUUGGUGGGGUUUAAAAAGGGACACGCGGCAUCAAUAUUUGUCUAGGUUGUAUUUUCAUACAGAAAGAUGCAUUUCUCAGCUUUGGAUGUGAAACAGUGAAUGUGAAGCUUUAUAUAAUAACCAUACAGUCAUGUCCAGCUGUAGGUGUCGGUGUAGUGCCAGCAAAUCCAAAAGCCUUUAUGAGAUUUCACAAUAAAUUAUAUGAGAACAGAGAUUAAUCUAUAUAAUAAA